GAAAAAAAAAAAAAAAAAGAAGCUUCGCCUCUUCAUCCUCUGCCUUCUUUCCAUUUAUUGCCAAAACCUGAUCAAUUUGUUUGGAGUAAGUUUUUGAGGGAGGAGAUCAUGGGGAGAGGGAAGAUAGUUAUAAGAAGGAUCGAUAACUCGACAAGUAGACAAGUGACUUUCUCCAAGAGAAGGAGUGGUUUGCUUAAGAAGGCUAAAGAGUUAUCGAUCCUUUGUGAUGCUGAAGUUGGUGUUAUCAUUUUCUCUAGCACCGGAAAGCUCUAUGACUACGCAAGCAAUUCAAGUAUGAAAACUAUCAUUGAGAGAUACAACAAAGUAAAAGAGGAGCAGCAUCAACUACUGAAUCAUGCCUCAGAGAUAAAGUUUUGGCAAAGAGAGGUUGCAAGUUUGCAGCAGCAGCUCCAGUAUCUACAAGAAUGCCAUAGGAAACUAGUUGGAGAAGAACUUUCUGGAAUGAAUGCUAAUGAUCUACAAAAUCUUGAAGACCAGCUAGUAACAAGUCUUAAAGGAGUUCGUCUAAAAAAGGAUCAACUUAUGACAAAUGAAAUCAGAGAACUCAAUCGUAAGGGACAAAUCAUUCAAAAAGAGAAUCAAGAGCUACAAAAUAUGGUAGAUAUAAUGCGUAAGGAAAAUAUUAAAUUGCAAAAGAAGGUUCAUGGAGCAAUUGAAGGCAAUUCAAGUUCAAAUCCUAUAAUCAAUGGAACCGAAACAUGUGCACCACCGCAACUUCAACUCAUACAUAUACAGCCUCCUAAAGAAAAAACAAUAAAACUAGGUCUACAACUUUCCUAGCAAAAUAUGUUGGACAACGAACGAUACACAAAAAGAGGUUGUAGGUCAUCUUCAUUAACAUCCAAGCUGGAUCAUUUUAAUCUUGGUUUUGUCAUUCUGUUUACUAUUUUGGAGUAUGUAUAUGCCAUUUCUCUCUUUGUAAAAUUACUUGUCUAUGUAGAUCAUAAAAUAAUGAUGUGAUGUGUGAGUGCGUAACAUACUAUAUAUAC